CGGGAUGCUUUCGCAGCAUAGGGAUCAAAAGGCUCCAAAUUGAUGUUGAUGAUGGACGAGGCGCUUCACGGUGACUGCGAUGGAAGUACAACCGCUAGAUUGCGGAUCAAGCCACACCCAGCCCAUUGCUCGCUGGAUUGAUUGCGCACGAGAUUAACUGCGAGUGUGUCCGCCAGCCAAGCGCAAUGGCAGCAGCGAGAACAUGUGCCGUCCUGCAGCAGCUCUGUGGCGCUUUCCACGGAGUGCAUGCGUGGGCCAAAGAGGGAAGGCGCGGCGUCGUCGAGGGGGCUUCCCUUUUCGGACGGCCAACAACAGAGGGGCGCCAGUUCGGGGCCGCGCGCUGCCAGUGAGGAGCCCUACGGCCGGCGUGGACCGGGCAUCAAGGGCGAUUGGGGGCGGAGGCAUUGCGGCGGGCACUGCGGCGGGCCCGCACGUCGGAGCGGAACCCGUUUGGAGGAGUCGGGUCGCCUGGGCCUGUGCUGUUGCUUCCCGUGACGACAAUCUACCGUGUCUCAGGGCGAAGCAUGGCGGAAGAGCGGCGGCGCGGGCGCCUGGCCGGGCAGGAUGCGUUGAUUAAGCCGAUAUAGGGCCAUGUUUGAGCGUCAUUUGCGCGGGUGGAGGCCAGCAGCGGCAUGUGCAGUCACGUCUGCAGGUACCGCGGCCGCGCCAGAUGAAUAUCAUCGGGGAUGGAGGGUGGGAGAAUGGGCGCUGGAUCCGCUGAG